GUGAAGAUGGCUUAUUCCUGUUAGAAGCUGGAAAACAUGAAUUCCCAUUCAGCUUUCAACUUCCACAGGAACCUUUGGUGACCUCUUUUAGUGGAAAGUAUGGCAGUAUUCAGUACUGCGUGAAAGCAAUUCUGGAAAGGCCUGUAGUACCUGAUCAAAGUGUAAAGAGAGAACUUCAGGUUAUCAGCCAUGUUGAUGUCAACUCGCCAGCUUUCUUGAUGCCUGUUUUGAGAAGCCAGGAGAAGAUAGUUGGCUGUUGGUUUUUCACCUCUGGUCCAGUCUCUCUGAGUGCCAAAAUUGAGAGGAAGGGAUAUUGUAAUG